AUGACAGCUGCCAAACAAAACCUCGACAGAGUGAUUCAUGAUUCCCCAACUUUCUUCCACACAAAAUUUGCAGUAUUGAACUGCAUCAUGCAAUUAUCAAUUAUCAUAAAUCAUGCAAAUUGGCCUGACUACCUACACCCUCCAUCAUACUCAACAGGCACAGAUUUCUCAUAUUCUCUGCAUAUUUAUAUCUUAGUGAAGAGAACAGCCACCAAGAAAAGCCAACAGCAGCUACUUUCUUUUCUACCCCAACACCUAUUGCACAUUUUUCCCUAUGUUUUGCUAGUUCUCCAAAAGGCUAUUUUGAUAUUGCUUUCAGAUAAUUCUUCUCAGGAGAUCUUAUUCAUAAUCAAAACUGUUGAGCAACGUAAGGGAAGCAAUAUGGGAGAGCACAAAGUGUUUGUAUUGAGUCUCAGUUUCUUGGUUUUGCUGUGUUUUGGGCUUUACGGAUGUGUAACAGUUGAAGCAAUCGGGGAAACUAAGUUUUUUACUUCUCAGGCUAACGCUGCCAAUGUAGUACUAACAACAGGUGGUUAUGGUAAAGGCGGUGGAGGUGGUGGGGGAGGUAUAGGAUAUGGUGGCAGUAACGGGGGAGGAUGUGGUGGUGUAGGUGGCGGGAUAGGAGGUGGCGGCGGUUUAGGCUAUGGCUCUGGUGGUGGCGGUGGUGGUGGUGGUGGUGGUGGCGGUUUUGGUGGUGGAAAUGGUAACUGUGGUGGGAUGGUUGGGGGAUCUGGCAGUGGCCAGGGUGGUCCAUAUGGUGGAGGAAGUGGUAAUGGCGGUGGUUUUGGUGGAGGAAAUGGUAAUGGCGGUGGCUUUGGUGGAGGAUUUGGUAAUGGCGGUGGGUUUGGUGGAGGAAAUGGUGGCGGAUAUCCAGGUUAUGGAGGUGGUGGUGGGCAGUCAAAGUUUCCACAAGUGGCUGAAGGGAGGAAGAACUAA